AUGCUGCAAACUCGCUUCAAGCGUCGAGGCAAAGACAUGGAUCAGGCCAUCACCCUUCAGACGGAAGUGCUGUCCUUACACCCAGUCGGUCACACAGAUCGGUCCAAAUCAUUAAAUAAUUUCGCGAAUCAACUCUCCUCCCGGUUUGAGCACCGAGGCAACGAGGAAGACUUGGAUGAGGCUAUCGCACUUCACAGGGAAGCGCUGGCCUUGCGCCCCGUCGGUCACAGAUCGGUCCAUAUCAUUAACAUCGAGGCAAUGACGAAGACUUGGAUGAGGCUAUCGCACUUCACAGGGAAGCGCUGGCCUUGCGCCCCGUCGGUCACAGAUCGGUCCAUAUCAUUAAGUAACCUCGCGAUUGAACUCUCCUCCCGCUCGAGCAUCGAGGCAAUGACGAAGACUUGGAUGAGGCUAUCGCACUUCACAGGGAAGCGCUGGCCUUGCGCCCCGUCGGUCACAGAUCGGUCCAUAUCAUUAAACCUCGCGAUUGAACUCUCCUCCCGCUUCGAGCAUCGAGGCAAUGACGAAGACUUGGAUGAGGCUAUCGCACUUCACAGGGAAGCGCUGGCCUUGCGCCCUGUCGGUCCACAGAUCGAUUCAUCAUUAAAUAUUAACCUUGCGAUUGAACUUUCCUCCCGCUUUCAGCACCGAGGCAAUGACGAUGACUUGGAUCAGGCUAUCGCCCUUCACCGGGAAGCGCUGGCCUUGCGCCCGUCGCACCGAGGCAACGAGGAAGACUUGGAUCAGCCUAUCGCACUUCACAGGGAAGCGCUGGCCUUGCGCCCCGUCGGUCACCCAGAUCGGUCCAUAUCAUUAAGUAACCUCGCGACUGAACUCUCCUCCCACUUUCAGCACCGAGGGAACGAGGAAGACUUGGAUGAGGUUAUCGCACUUCACAGGGAAGCGCUGGCCUCGCGCCCCCUCACUCACGCAGAUCGGUCCAUGUCAUUAAAUAAUCUCGCGAUUGAACUCUCCUCCCGCUUUGAGCAUCGAGGCAACGAGGAAGACUUGGAUCAAGCUAUCGCACUUCACAGGGAAGCGCUGGCCUUGCGCCCGCUCAGUCGCGCAGAUCGGUCGAUGAUAACAUAUAAUCUCGCGGGUGAUGACAGGGAUAGUCUGAAUGCCGCCAUGCAUCAUUUCAAGGCAGCAGCAAAUGUUUUCUCUGGAGGCUUGCUAUCUCGCCUGCGAACAAGUCUGCUUUGGGUUGAUCAUGCCUCCCAACAUCUACAUGCCACUGAACUGGAGGCAUAUGCAACUUCCAUGCAACUUCUGGACUCUUACAUGUCCACAACAGCUUUAGUAUCGUCUCGUCACAAUAUCAUGAGGUGCAUCCCAAAUACACUUGCCGUUGAUGCUGCAUCCUGCGCUCUUCGUAGUGGUGAUGUGUGUCGCGCUGUCGAGUUGUUGGAACAAGGCAGGACUAUCAUCUGGACCCAGAUGACACGACUCCGCACCCCUCUUGACGGCCUCCAGACUCACGGCGAUCAUGCAGUGGCCCUGAUGAAGAGAUUCAGAGACAUCAGCUCCCUCCUCGAUAAAUCUCCUGCGAACAAUCUAGAAGGAAACACAAGAGUCAAUGUAGAAGCAGAGGAAACUCGGUACAGACGUCUAGUGCAGGACUGGAAUAGAGCUGCAGAGGAGAUCCGGAAGAUUGAGGGCUUCUCUCGCUUCCUCCUUUCCCCCUUAUUCUCCGAUCUUCAAGAUGCAGCUUGUGAUGGGUCUAUCAUCGUGCUCAUCGCAAGCGAGUCAUCUUGCCAUGCCAUCAUCGUCACGCACAAGCAACCUCCAACUAGCAUUCAGCUCCCUACCAAUUUGCCGAAACUCGUCAAAUUGGUACCAGCAUUCCAAGAGGCAAUCAAAAAAGAGGCUGGUCAUAAAGGGAACCAAACAGCGCUGAUAAAAGCUUUGAGAGAGUUGUGGGACGACGUGGUUGGUCCGGUGGUCGAAAGUCUGAGCAGAAUUGCUCGACGAGGUUCCCGAAUAUGGUGGUGCCCGACGUCUCUUUUCAAUUUCUUGCCGUUGCAUGCUGCUGGCGAGUGCAGAGCAAGGGGAAAGUCUCUUUCGCAGCAGUAUAUCUCUUCAUACACCCCAUCGCUCACCGCGCUGAUCAAGGCUCGCGCAAGUCAUGACAAAUCCUCGUCGGUGCCCUUCGUCGCCAUUGGUCAGGAUUGCCCAGCCGAUGCCUUAUUUACUUUGGAUGCUGUGGAGCCUGAGCUGGAGUUGGUGCGGAGACUUUUGCCCCCUUCCCCUACUGUUUCCUUCUCCAAGAUUACCAGUGCUGAUGCCACGAAAUUGAGAGUACUGUGUGCGUUGCGGGACAACGCUUGGUUUCAUCUCGCGUGUCAUGGGACCCAGAGAAUUGAUGAACCCUUCAAGUCAGCCUUUCUUUUGCGCGACCAGCCGCUUUCACUCCUCGACAUCACACAGACGGAUCUAUCUCUGCAUGAAUUUGCAUUUCUCUCUGCCUGUGAAACCGCAGUCGGUGUUUCUAGUACGCCCGACGAAGUGAUACACCUAGCGGCUGGCCUGCAAUUUUCCGGGGUCAACAGCGUCGUCGGGACAUUAUGGAAGACCAGCGCAUAG